AUGGAGAUCCAUGAGUUGGCUAAAGACGGUCAGCAUACGGCCAACGAGGUGAUCAAGAAGGCUACGCAGACUGCCUACGAAGCCAGUUUUAAGAAGUUUUCCAAUUUUUGCAUUACAAACGGCUACACCGACCCUUGGCACGAGCGCCACUACGAACUACCAGUCUCUUUGGUAGCAUAUUUACAGAGUAUCUCGGCUUCCAGUUCGAUUUUGCUGCAAACAGCUGAGAAGACGAGAUCUGGGAUCGCCAGCUACUAUUCUUCUCACCAAAAACAGCGACGAAACCGAUGUCAACACGUGGAGUGUACGCGAGGACGAGUCUGGAGAAAAGCGCGGAUACGGAAAUUCGCUCGAGACCCGUUUGUGCGUCAAUUCAUGCGUGGGCUCAAGAAGAAGAAAGCAUCAGAGUAUGUGCCAGCUAAAGCGGCUCCGAUAUCUUUGGAUAUGAUCAUAGUUCUUCAUGCGUUCAUGGAUUCUCCUGUGGGAGUUGAGGGAUUCAGCGAAGAAAGUCGUGUGUGGUUCAAGGCUGUUUCAUCUUUCGCAUUCUAUGGCAUGUGUCGCACCAAUGAAGUUUUGGAUCUCCAGUGGAAGGGCGUCACUCUUCGCCAGACCCACUGCAGUGUCGUUUCUCCGGAUGAGGUUAUUGAGUAUGGGACGUAUGCGCUCUUCAAUCGCAAAACGGCCGUCACUGAAGGACGCAUGUAA